UGACUAGGGGCUGGGAGAAUGGGGAUGGUGCCGCUGAAGAGGGCGCCGGUUUGGGGCUUAACCCCGAUUCUGCUUUUGGGGCUGCAGAUCGAGCAGAAGUUGUUGAGGUCGGAUCUGGAGAGGAUGGUGGCGGAUAAGAUGCCGUUGAGGAUGCCGGGGCAGAGGGUGGCGAACUGGUAUCUGGUGGGAAGAACGGGGUGACGGUGGUGAACGCAAUAGCAAUCACAUGGAAAGCAGCAUUCAGGCUCGACUUGGAACGAAUGCAGCCUCCCGCAUGGCAACGGUUGGGUUGUUUGGUGACACCGCAGGCUGCGAACUACAGGAAGCCAUGCGCUACCUCGCCUAUAUCAACGCAUGUAUCAAUGCCCGUUGGUGUGCAUGCGCAACCGCUGGGGGGUCCGAGUCGAUCAUCCCAUAAUGUGCUUCCUGGACUCGGCCAAUUCGCUGCUUAAGAGAUGUCAAUGCACUGGCAACACUUCUCAUCCUCUCCCGCAUCACAACAGCAGACCCACAAACUUGCUCGCCUUUCCCCCUACUCAAAACACCCAACGGCAACGGACCCCUCACAGAACCCAGUCCUUCCUCGACACCAUGCAGGUCUUCAAAUGGACAAUCAACAGAUCUUCCACCAGCCUCGCCUUGUACGAGAAAGACACCGUCGGCACUCAGCAACUCUUCUGCAAGUUGGCAUUUCUCAGCGGAGUGUGCCCACAGCUCCUUUGCCUGGGAUGGCGAUCCCACAGGAACUGUGGGCAGCGAGUUUUUACCUUCUGCUCUUUGAUCCUAGGCCGACAGGGGGCCAACCACUUAGCUCAGUCGAGAGAUUUUAAUAUCAGCGAUGCGUCUACGGACACAACGACGACAGCGGUCAUUGCUGGCGCGGCGAUUACGGACGGGGGCUUGGGUUCUGUGCUCUUGAGUAUUCUGUCUGCGGAGGCUUCUGCCUUCUCGCCUACCCAGGUAUCUUCAACGGCGCCGCCAUCCGUCGAGAGAAUACCAGGCCCGCCGACUUCUACCCCAUCUACAGCUUCAAAUCCAGUUUCUUCUACAUCAUCAACGUCGACAGGCACUCCUUCAUCGCCUCUCUCCUCCCCUGUAGUCUCAGCCUCAACCACAAUGACAUCAAUGAACUUCACCUCCCCGGUAUCCACAUCUAUUGCCCCUCUCAAUUCAGACAAACACAACACAAUACCGUAACGCCUAAAUUUGCACUCAAGCUAGCCCUUGGUCUCGGUCUUGGCAUGAGCCUUCUCAUCUUCGCCGCUGGAGUACUGUUCUAGCAUCAGAGAAAAAAGAAGAAACACCUAGUCCAGGAGGAACCGUCUUUUCGUCAAGGAGCAGAACCGACCGUGGAGGAGAUCGCUUAUGCGAAGGCGGAGAUAGAACGCUCUGGAAUGGGUCAUGUUGGGAAAAGGGGGGGGCGGCUGGGACGGAAAAGGCAGAACUACCGGAGUCCAAGGUGGCUUGCGACGCAGAUUGAACUACCUAACUGAGGGCUCGAGUUGGAUUUGGAAUCAGGUUGGGAGGAUGGGUUAGAGGAGAGGGGAGGGUGUAAUGGUGGAUGUAAGGUUUGUAGAUGGACAUGCUGUGAAAUUGCCGCUUACUCAAGUAAUCUUACCAUCACAGUUGGGGUGAAUCUCGGGAAUCAGACAUUUGUUGCACAUCUGCUCAAA